UUAUAAUGGACUGAGCUUUAUUAGUACAAACUAAAUAAAAAUCUACAAAUCUACAGGCCUAAAGGUUAUUCUACAUCUUAAAAAAUCAGUAAUUCAAAAAUUGAGCAAAUAAUCUUUAGAUUUAGAGAAAACGAGCAACCGUUUCAUCUAAAAAGUUACUGAAAGAAAUUAAACAAAAGUUCUUUUCGAGAAACGAAUGUUUGAAUAGUUCCAUUAUCAUUGUAAGUAAUUGCCUAAUAACUAAUUUUAUCAGUUGAAAAUAAUCACGUACUUACUGUUCUGUUGAACUGGCACUCUGAACAGUGUGGUUAGUUGCACCUAAUUAUGUAGAUUCAUAACGCGCGCAGUUACUGCGAAUUUAGGCUUAAUUAUAAUUAUACGCAAGGUUGGAAUUUUGGUCACGUGAUUUGUUACUACAGAGCAUUUACAUAUUUUCCAAGUAAUCUACUACCAACCAUGCCAAUCAACAUUUACAUUGAGCAAUCAUUUUCUAAGGUAGGCGGGUCUAAACAGAUAAAGAUUUAACUUGGCUUUCGUAUAACCAUGGUAUAACGUUUCAUUACGGUACCCUAAGGAUUGGUUCGUGGGUGCGCAGAUAAUGCAGUCAUAGAUAGAGGAUAUUUGACUUUUUUUUAAACUCGUGCAGGGACAGAAAGACACAACACUGUAUUUCAUUUACAGUACUGGUAUAACUAUGAAUGAAGGAAAAUCCAGAAACUUGUAUUCUUCGACGUCUGCGAAAGUCGAGGAACAGUCUUUUAGUAAUGAUAAACUUCGGUCGGUCAUUAAAGAUAUGUUUUUAAGAAGGCACAAUGAUCUUGUAACAGCACCUCAACAAUUUGCAUACAAAUGUGGAGAUUUGCUUCAUGAAGAAAUGAAACCAAACGACAACGAUGGAUUAAUUCGAUGGGAUAAUCUUGACUUUUGUGAGGCGACCGUUAAUGACUAUGUAUUAAAAUGCAAAAGAUCUAACACAGGCGAAGUGAAAACAAAGUUAAAUGUUAAGAUUGUUGAGCCGUCUAGUCUUGCUGAAGAAGUAAACGAACAACGUAUUGAUCGCACACCACUACACAAAUUAUGA